AUGGGUUUUCGUUUGGCGAAAAUUGUAAAUGCGGUACAAAAUCUUGGACUUUCUUCUCUAACAAAAAAGCAUGGAUCUUCAACAAUCCGUAAAGGUAAUUAUGCAAUUUAUGUUGGAGAGAGCCGAAGGAAUCGGUUUGUGAUUCCAAUAGCUUACUUGCAUCGGCCGUAUUUCAAGGACUUGCUCAGUCAAGCUGAAGAAGAAUUUGGAUACGAUCACCCUAUGGGAGGCCUCACCAUUCCAUGCAAUGAUGAUACAUUCAUUGAUCUCGUCUCUCGUUUGAAUGAGUUGUGA